GGCUUCUCACGAGCUGUGUUUCGUCAAUCUCUCAUUGCAUUGUCCUGGCUGCCACCAGUCAUCUUCUUUGAAAAUCAUCUCUACUCUGUCGCUUCUGUCGAAGGCAUCUCUAUGAAACCCACCUUCAACCCGGAGUCGAAUCUCAUGCGUCGAGAUCUUGUGCUAGAGGACAAGACUUGGACGUGGCGGAAAGGCACUAAUGGCAAAGCUCUCUUCAAGCGAGGCGAUGUCGUCACAUUUAAGUCACCCUUAACUACAAAAGUAGCAGUCAAACGCGUCACUGGUAUCGCAGGUGAUAUUGUCAAGACUAGACCGCCGCGCGAAGGACGUGUUGUGACUAUACCUGAAGGUCAUGUUUGGGUCGAAGGCGAUGAACAAUUCCACUCGCGCGACAGCAACGAGUACGGGCCAAUUGCCAUCAACUUGAUUGAAAGCAAACUGACCAAAAUCAUCUGGCCUCCAAGCAGAUUUGGU